AGAAGUAUUUCAAAAAGGAACGGUCUUGGUCACACGCUGUAUCGCGCUUAUUACAAUUGAUAAUAAACUUUCAGCUCAGUCAAGCGUAACUUUAAGAGAAGCAGCAACACCACUACUAUCAUCGUUCAUCACUUGACUUGUCAUUGAUUAAUUCCUUCAUUAAUUAUUAUAUAUGUCUAUCGUCAUGUACUUGAAACAACAACAACAACAAAAGUGAUAUGCAAAAGAUAACAGAGGUGUGAACUGAGAAGAUCCUCUCACAGUUCAUUCGACAAAGCCACAAUUAUUACUGAAUGACGUGGCAUUUAAACAUGGCGAUGCAGAUAAAACCUUCAGUUUUAAUUUGCUUACGGACUGUAAAUAAUACUAAGUUGAGGAGCAAUUUAACUGAAACAUGUUUAAGUCGCCUGAGAAAUCAUUUUCAAGUUAAUUUUCUGGACGAUAUCCAACAGAAUCCGAACAUAAAGAAAGACAUUGUUGGCAUUGUUACACCGGGUCCCGAUUCGAACGUCAUAAACAGAUUAAUAACAACUCUUCCAAAUCUAAGAGUAAUUUCAAACCAUGGAAUGGGAGUGGAUCAUCUUGAUCUAAAAUGGGCUAAAGAAAAAGGGUUGCGAGUUGGAAACACUAGAUAUGUUGUUUCUGACAGUACAGCAGAACUUGCUAUAACUUUAAUACUAGUUGUGACACGGAAAAUAGUUCAAGGUGUUCGCAUGUCAAUGGAAAAUGAACAUCCAAACUUCUUUUGUCCGAGCUUACUUGGCACAAAUGUGGCGAAGAAAAAUCUUGGAAUUGUUGGCAUGGGAGAUAUUGGGCUUAAAAUCGCUCUAAGAGCAACGGCAUUUGGAAUGAAAAUCCUUUAUCAUAACAGAACACAAAGAAGCAAUGAAGACGAAGACCGAGUCAAAGCUACGUUUUACCCUCGUUUGCAAGAUAUGUUACCCGAAGCGGAUGUUCUUGUUAUUGCUUGUCCUUGCACAGAACAAACGAUUAACUUGAUUAGUACAGAAGAAUUCCGGUUGAUGAAGAAAACUUCUCUUUUGGUAAACAUCGCUCGAGGAAAGAUAGUUAAUACAGACGCACUUGUGAAAGCUCUUCAGUCAAAUGAAAUUCAAAGUGCUGCCUUGGAUGUCACCGACCCUGAACCGCUACCGCGAGGGCACCCAUUGUUAUCCAUGCCAAAUGUUGUCAUAACCACUCACUGUGGAACAUACACUUACGAAACUCGCUUAGAAAUGAUUGAUUUAGUAAUAGAAAAUUUAAAAUGUGGUUUGGAGGGAAAAGUGAUGCCGUCUGAAGUAAUUUUGUAAUACUGAUAUCUAAUCAAGAAACAAUAUAUUCCUAAAAUUGCAGAGAAUUAUUUUUGAUAAAUGUGUUAAUGAAUCGUGAAUUGUAUACCCCAAGAAAGAUACCCGGAAAUGAAUGACUAAGAAACUUGUUUCAUUUUGGCACCUACUUAAAGAUAUGGCAAUUGCGAAAGGUAGAUUAAUUUUUAAAAAAAACGUCUUAUUUGCUAUUUUAUUUCUUGAUUAUUAAAGAUAAAAGGAAAAUAAUUCUUUUUUACUUUAAAGAUGAUCAUUUUUCUUUAAUGUUUAAGUAUUUUCCUCAUAGUUAAUUUCUGAUCUGUAAACGCUAAAUGUAUUUUAAUAAAAUAAAAUGUGCGCAUACUUUUCAUAA